AUGCUGGCCAUGAAGACCUUCUCUCUGCUGCUGGUGUCCCUGCUCCUGGCAUUGGUGCUAGGAGAGAAGGAAGAAGAUCACUCCAGGUUCCACACUAAGGCCGGCGGCUCCCAACCACGAGCCCCCAGGUACGCGGAAGGCACUUUCAUCAGUGACUAUAGCAUCGCCAUGGACAAGAUCCGCCAACAAGAUUUUGUGAACUGGCUGCUGGCGCAGAAGGGGAAGAAGAGCGACUGGAAACACAACAUCACCCAGAGGGAGGCCCGGGCCCUAGAGCUGGCCCAUCAAUCUAACAGGAAGGAGGAGGCAAGGGCGCAGCAGGGCUCCCUACCCAAGAACCCCAGCGAUGACGGUUUGCUAAAGGAUUUACUGAUUCGAGAGCUGCUGUCCUGGAUGGUGGAUCAGAUGGAGCUCUGCAGGCUCAGGUUUCAGUGA